AUGCAAUGCGAACUGGAAGCUGAAAUCUGCCCGAGACCAACAGCUGCAUCCCGCUACACCAAUCGUGAGAGCAAGGAGGCUCUAGCUGAACUCAAAACCAAGCUGGACUUCGCGCUCAGCCGCCUCAAUGAUCAGGACACGCAGCGUGCCGGCAUUGAGGAAAUCAGAGAGUUUCUUCAGACUUUGUAUCCUGACUGGUUUCCGAUGGUAAUCAGCUCCAUCGGUGAGGCUGGUACAAACUUGAAGCCGCUGGGUCGCUGCGAGAGCGUCAAGCUGCUUGGUCUUUUGGCUGAACUUCAUGGCGAUGCUGUCGUACCCCUCUUGCAGCGCAUGCUCCAGGUGGUUCUUACACGACUGCAGGAUGCAGACCUUCACCUGCGGGAAGCCUGCGCAGAGACAGUAUUCCGACUCACUCGAGCUCUUGUAGUGGAUGCUGAUGGAUCGCCCGUCUUCGCCACUCUGCUGAAGCCUCUCUUUGCAGCUCUCAGCGAGCACAACAAGUGGGUGCAGAUUGGGGCCGCUUCUUGCAUCUGCGCUGUGAUCCAAGGAUCUCCGCCUGCUGUGCUCAAUGAGAAUUUGGGGCGCCUUUGUGCACGGCUGGUACAACAUCUCAGCUUGCCCUUGGCCAUGGCGCGCCCACAGCUCCUGAGCGCGUGCAUCCACGUGAUGCAGGCUGUCAGCCUAGUAGACUUCGACGAAGUGCUUCCGUCUCUUAUGCCAUGCUUGGAGAUUUGUUUGACGUCCACUUCAGACUGGCAGACGAGGAAGCAGGCGGUGGAGGUCUUGCAGGCUGUUGGGGACCACGCUGAGCUGGGAACAUCACUGCAGAUUCCGCCGCCAUCAAGCCCGUCAAUGCGACCAACGCCGCUGCAGAAGAGGCUGUCAGCGAUGAUGGAAGGUCUGCGAGACGACAAGGUUCGAGCAGUCCGCGAAGCAGUGAAGGACGUUCUGCUACGGUGGUGUGUCACCGUGAAGGCAGCUCCCAGCCCAACUGCAACCUUUACAGGAGAGAGGAGUGACAGGCCGUUGCGCUCCAGUAGCCCGUGUGCUGCACAGGUCGCAAACGCGGAGCGGGAGGCGCAGACGACGUUUCAUCGCACGUCGGGAGUCGCGGUUCGGUCUAACAGCCCUGGCCCGACAUCUUGGGAUCGAGACCAGGCCCGGCUCAGCGAAAGCUCCAUUGGCGUACAAGUUGGGGCGAGGCAGGCGAGAAAUGUCCGGACAGCCACCCGGGAGCGCGAACCAGCUCAAUCAGUGGACUCCAGGUUGGAGGAAGAUCGAGGCGGCGACAGACAAGAGAGGCUCCAGGAAGCUGCAGCGGAGAAGGUGGCGCGGAACAUCGCCGUGAAAAAUGCGCUCAGCAAUGCUGACCUCAGCACAACCAAAAAGCCAAGGCCAAAGCGUGAACGAGUUUCCAUCUUCAGCCAGCCUGCAAACUCCAACUUUUUUCAAUCCGCCAACCAGCACCCAGCUGCUAACAAUGAUGAGGAUGUCGUUGUGGGCAUGCCAAUGAUGGAGGACAGGCUUCUCAGCUCAGCUGGAAGCGACAUGCGUGGCAGAGGUCGCCUGCCGGACUGUGACCAAAUGGAGGAGGAGCUUCCGGCUUCCCAAGAAUCUCCUGGGCGGACAAAGGACGAAUCUGAUUCAGGAGCCGCUGAUCACGAUGCUGAUGGCUUCCUGGCAGAACCAUCCAAGGCCUAUUUCGAGGAGAUGACAGCUGGAAACAAUGGCCAUCGGAUCGGUCCUGCAGAGGCGCCCACAGGUCCUGGCACUGGCGUUGCCACAAGAGCAAGAAAGAAGCCAGCGGCAGGAGCCACUAAAGUGGAGGAUGCUGAGGAGCCCAGGCCUCUAAGCCGGCCCAUCAGAUCAGGUUCAAAGCAGCAGGCAGGGUCCUCGAUGCCAGAUAGCAUGGAAGCUUCAGGUGUAGGCGGAGAUCAUCCAUCUCAAUCGCCAGCCUCAUCUGCGCCCCUUCUGCCGCAAGAGCCCUCUGACGGAUCGCCUUACCAUGUGCCGGAGGAUGUUGGAUCGCACCAGGAAUCCACCGAAGCUCCGGACGCAGAUGCUGCGAUGCCGCCUUGGUCAGAGGCUCCAUCCGGGCGUUCCGAGCAGCUCGCUCCAGUUCCGCACAGGCCCAGUAAAGCUGACGAAGAGGAGACAGCGGUGCUCCUUUCGCAGAUCCAAACGCUGGGCGAAAGACUUGCUGCCAUGGAGGAGGAGAAGCGCCGCUCCGAUAGGCAGAUGACAGAAAGGCUCCAGCAGCUCGUUCGAACCUGUGAAGGCCAGGGUGAGCUCAUUUCCACGCAGCAGCAGAGGAUAGAAGCCCAGGAGCAGCAGAUGCAGCUCAUGGAGGAGCGCCUCGCGCAGCAGGAUGACGAGCUGGCGCAGAUGGAUCAGCAACUCCAGGAGCAGCAGCUGCAGCUACAACAGCAGGAUCAGCGGCUUGAGCAGAAUGAUCAGCAGCUGAACGAGCACCAGCAGCAGCUUGAGCAGCAGGAGCGCGAGAUGGAGAAGCAGACGUUGCUGAUGGAUGCGUUCAUCAGUACGGCAUCGUCUAGCAGCUCUGUGAAGCCAGCUAAACAGGCAUGGCCUGAAGAGGAGGCCAGGACGGGUGCUGGAAAUGCGGCGAAGAGGUUGAGCGCCGAAGCUUGGAAAGAUGGGCCGGAGGCGACCCGGGGCCCAUGUCCGGGGCCUUUGAAUGAUGGCGCGGCAGUUGGCUCUGGCGGUGCUCUUGCUGGCAGUAGCAGCGAGCGACCUCUAGCUCUUGGCCGGGCAAAGGUUGACACAGGCUCGUCAGCAAAGCCGUCCACACAGAAGCCUGGUGGACAGCUCUGGGAUUCGGUGAUGGAGCUUUGUGCGGAGAGACGCUUCCUAGAGGCCUACAAGCAGGUCAUCGCUGAGCCCGAGGAGACAUGCUUGCUUCGGCUUAUGAAGCAUACAGGUCCAAUCGUGGACAGACUGGAUGCCGAGAGCAAUUCCAGACUGAUUCGGCGCCUGAUUCACAUCCUUUCCUCGCCAGCGAAGGAUCCAGCAGCUACAAGCAUCGAACAGAUCUUCUCCUGGCUGUGGCAGGCUCUGAACCAGGGCAUACACUUCACAGCGUCUCAGGUGGAAGAUUUGGUCUCUGCACUCCAGAAAGUUUCGUCUGCUCAGUCGCCACUAAGUGCGCCUGAAAAGGCUGAGGCCGCCCAGCUGCUGCAACAGGUCUCUGCGCAUAGGCGAGCUUGA